GACAAAACGGUGGGGGGAACGUGUUUCUGUCUGAAAACGGAGUAAACCAGCGGACAAUAACAUGGGGAACGCGGAGAGUAUGGAUGCCCAUCUCCAGGACUUCAGGACGAGGAAUAACCCCCCUAAACUACCCAUGCCAGACCCCGCAGAACUGGAGGAGAGAUUCGCAAUUGCCUUGAACUCGAUGAACCUGCCUCCAGACAAGGUCAGAAUACUGCGGCAGUAUGACAAUGACAAGAAGUGGGAGCUGAUCUGUGAUCAGGAGCGGUUCCAGGUGAAGAACCCGCCCCACACCUACAUCGCGAAGCUGAAGGGCUUCCUAGACCCCGCCGUCACCAGGAAGAAAUUUCGCCGGAGAGUGCAGGAGUCCACUCAAGUACUCCGGGAGCUGGAGAUCUCGCUGCGCACCAAUCACAUCGGCUGGGUCAGAGAGUUCCUGAACGAGGAGAACAAGGGCCUGGACAUACUGGUGGAGUAUCUCUCCUUCGCUCAAUAUGCCGUCACGUUUGACGGCGAUGCUCCCGAGGGCAGCGCAGAGGUCUCCGUGGAGACUCCAUGGAGUCGUUCCAUUGAGGAUCUCCAUGGCGACAGUAACCUUCCGUCACCAGUCAGCGGGAGCAACAUACCUCGCUCCACGCGCCACUCCCUGAGUCGCUCCAACACGCUGCCCAGUCGCAGGACGCUGAAGAACUCCAGACUGGUCUGCAAGAAGGACGACGUGCACGUCUGCAUCAUGUGUCUCAGAGCCAUCAUGAACUACCAGUAUGGCUUUAAUAUGGUCAUGUCCCACCCGCAUGCUGUGAAUGAAAUUGCCCUGAGCCUCAACAAUAAGAACCCCAGGACGAAGGCCCUGGUGCUGGAGCUGUUGGCAGCGGUGUGUUUGGUGCGUGGUGGUCACGAGAUCAUCCUGGCUGCUUUCGACCACUUUAAGGAGGUUUGUUCAGAGUCACAGAGGUUCGAGAAACUGAUGGAACAUUUUAAGAACGAGGACAACAACAUUGACUUCAUGGUGGCCUGUAUGCAGUUUAUCAACAUCGUCGUGCACUCAGUGGAAGACAUGAACUUCAGAGUACAUCUGCAGUAUGACUUCACCAAGCUCUCACUGGACGAGUAUUUAGAGAGGCUGAAGCACACGGAGAGUGAUAAGCUGCAGGUGCAGAUCCAGGCCUACCUGGACAACCUGUUUGACGUGGGCACGCUGCUGGAGGACGCCGAGACCAAGAACGCAGCGCUGGAGAGGGUGGAGGAGCUGGAGGAGAGCAUGGGCCAGCUGACGGAUAAGCUGCUGGACACGGAGAAUGAGGCCAUGUCCAAGAUCGUGGAGCUGGAGAAGCAGCUGAUGCAGAAGAACAAGGAGCUGGAGUCCACACGGGCGGUGUAUCGCGACGCCAGCUCGCAGGUGCACACGCUGCGGCGCAUGGUGCGCGAGAAGGACGAGACCAUCCAGCGGCAGAGCCGACUGGAGAAGAAGCUGACGGAGCUGGAGCGCCGCAGCAGCCUGCAGAUCACCCAGCGCGGCGAGGGCGACGGGGAAGGGGGCGACUCCAGCGGAGGAGAGAGCGGUGGGGGUGCCACAUCCUCCCCCUUGUCCUCCACUUCCUCUCUGGGCGGUGGUGUUGCGGCCGGUGGUUCGUCCACAUCCACGACCUUACUCCCGUCGCCCCUGCCCCCCCUGCACUCUCUCAUGUCUUCGCCGGUGCCCAACGGACCAGCAGCUGCUGCGGCCGCCCCUCCUCCCCCGCCCCCUCCCCCUCCGCCCCCGCCCCCCCUAGGCGGUGGCCACAUAGAUAUCUCUGGCCCCCUGCCCCCCCCUCCUCCCCCCAUCGCACCCCCGCUGCCCGGCUGUGGAGCCCCCAACCUCAUCUUCAACUCUGGACUCACCGAUGGAUCCUUCAAGCUCUUCUCUGUGAAGAUUAAGAAGCCCAUCAAGACCAAGUUCCGUAUGCCCGUGUUCAACUGGGUCGCGCUCAAGCCCAACCAGAUCAAUGGCACUGUGUUCAACGAGAUCGACGACGAACGCAUCCUGGAGGAGCUGAACGUGGACGAGUUUGAGGAGAUGUUCAAGACCAAAGCGCAGGGCCCCGCGCCGGACAUGACCCUGAGCAAGCAGAAGGCCCCCCAGAAGGGCCCCAACAAGGUGUCCCUGCUGGAGGCCAACCGGGCCAAGAACCUGGCCAUCACGCUGCGCAAGGCCGGCAAGAGCCCCGAGGAGAUAUGCAAGGCCAUCCACACGUUCGACCUUCGCACGGUGCCGGUGGACUUUGUGGAGUGCCUGAUGCGCUUCAUGCCCACGGAGGCGGAGGUGAAGCUGCUUCGGCAGUACGAGCGCGAGCGGCGGCCGCUGGACGGGCUGACGGACGAGGACCGCUUCAUGAUGCUCUUCAGCAAGAUCGAGAGGCUGCCCCAGCGCAUGAGCAUCAUGGCAUUCAUGGGCAACUUCAGUGACAGCAUCCAGAUGCUCACACCGCAACUUCAUGCAAUCAUUGCUGCGUCUGUUUCCAUCAAAUCUUCACAGAAGCUGAAAAAGAUUCUGGAGAUCAUCCUGGCUCUAGGGAACUACAUGAACAGCAGUAAGAGAGGAGCUGUCUAUGGUUUCAAACUUCAGAGUCUUGAUCUGCUCCUGGAGACCAAGUCCACAGACAGGAAACAGACUCUGCUGCACUACAUUGCCAACGUGGUGAAGGAGAAGUACCCCAUCGUCUCACCCUUCUACAAUGAGCUGCACUACGUAGAGAAGGCUGCCGCAGUGUCGCUGGAGAACGUGCUGCUGGACGUGCGGGAGCUGCAGCGUGGCAUGGACCUGACGCGGCGCGAGUACAGCAUGCACGGCCACAACUCCCUGCUGAAGGACUUCGUACACCACAACGAGGCCAGGCUCAAGAAGCUGCAGGACGACGCUCGCAUUGCACAGGAUGCGUUUGAUGACGUGGUGAAGUUCUUUGGGGAGAGUGCCAAGACCAUGCCCCCAUCUGUCUUUUUCCCAGUCUUUGUACGCUUCGUCAAGUCUUACCGGACGGCGGACGAGGAGAACGAGCUGAGGAAGAAGCAGGAGCAGAUGAUGAUGGAGAAGCUUCUGGAACAGGAGGCCCUGAUGGAGGAACAGGAGGGACAACAGUCCCCGUCCCACAGGGGGGGCAAGCGUCAGCAGCAGGAGCUGAUCCAGGAGCUGCGGCGUAAGCAGGGCAAGGACAGCCGCCACGUCUAUGAGGGCAAAGACGGAGCCAUCGAGGACAUCAUCACAGUGCUGAAGACCGUCCCGUUUACGGCGCGAUCGGCCAAGCGGGGCUCGCGUUUCUUCUGUGACCCCACCCACCAGGAAGACUUCCACUAUUAGCGCUAGACACAA